AUGAGGGUUGCUGUGACCUUUGAGAUGGGGUGCGUCCUGGAGCGGGACGCCGACAAGAACGUUGUGCAUAAAGACCCAGCUGACUUCUUCCCAGCGCCGCAGGCUGUCUUCCUCUACGAUGAGCAGGCACUGCCUACCAACGGGAAGAAGACCUUGCGGAUCAGUCUCUUGGGCCCUCCCUUUGGCGACCUGGGCCGGAGAACGCAGGGGCGGCAGUGGCCCUAUGGCCUGCAGGAGCUGCUACUGCAUUUUUCCACGGUCCACCUGGAGACAGGGCCUGGGGCCGGCAAGGCAGUGAGAACCCACGUCCGGCCACUUUGUGCUGCACGCCCGGAGGCGGUCGCACGCCUGCUUUGGAUUCUGGGAGGCUCUUGGCUCCUUCAAAUGUCCAACGUGGUUGCAGUACUUUGGCUAAGCACGGCCGCUUUGAUCUCUGGAGGCUCUCUAUAUGGCGCUUUGGUGCUAUUGACCCUGGCUUUCCCUGCGCUUUUAUGGCAGAUGCUCUGCCGACCUGGCAGGUUAGUCUGGCUUGAUCAUCAAAGCAACAAGAUCGGCAACUUCUUGCUUUUCAUCCUAACCCCCUUGGGCAUGCUGGGUUUCGUAAGCCUGGCCUCCUGCCUUCACGUCUGGAGGUUGUUCAAGUUCCUCCUAAAGCUUCGCUUCCAUGUUCCUACCGGCCUGGCUCUUCCUGUCGACAUGAAGCAAUGGUACAUAUACGAGGCCUUUCGGGAAGAUGCUCGAAUUUUCGGGGAUUUGCCCCGCAUCUUCCUCUGCGCCUUCGCCCUGACCAACCGCCUCCUCCUGCAGCCUAAGCUCUGGCCCGACACCGACAUGCUUGGAGAGGCCACCGUCGCCAGCGCUGAGUGCGUUGCCUUGAUUUGCGCUGCGGCAUCUUAUCUCUUGGGCCUGAUUCCAGCCAGACGGCAGGUGAGCCGUGAAGCCAAGGGGGUCGUCAUACAGCACGUGCUGAAUGGAGUGCUUCGCUAG